AUGGAUGAUGCAGUAGACCAGAGAGACGAGGCAUUAGAUCAGAGAGAUGAAGCAGGCGAUGAAUUGCAUACGGUUCCAGUCAGUGAUGAUGUUGUUGUUGAUUCACCAAGUUCAGAUCCAAUAGAGUUAGACAUUGAUGGUUCUUCUUCUAAUCCAGUUGAUGAAGAUUUGGUUGGUGUUGUUGUAAGUAACGGGGUUGAAGCGUAUGAGUUGUAUAACAAUUAUGCAUAUAGAGUUGGUUUUAGUGUGAGGAAGGGUAAUCAACGGUGCAAGGUAUAUAGCAAAACAGUCCAAAUGAAGAUGUUUAUGUGUUCUAAAGCUGGUUUUAAGGUUAAGGCAAAUGCUGGUGUUAGGGCAUAUUCAAAAAUUGACACAAGGUCAGGGUGUGAUGCAUGUGUUCAGUUUGACGUCGGUGAGGAUGGGUUGUGGACGGUUACAAAACAUGUAAAAGUGCACAAUCACGAGUUAUGUGCUGUAGACAAGAGUCAUCUUCUGCGUUCACAUAGAAAUGUGGGUGAUAAUCAACUGUUAUAUUUAAAAGAUUUGAAGAAGAGUGGUGUUGCAAUGGCAGAUGGUAUUAGGUUCUUGAAACAUCAAGCAGGGGGGUCUCCAUUAGUUGGCUUCACUAAUCGAGAUGCUUAUAAUUCAAUUGCUUCUGAUACAUCAAAUUGA